AUGACUUGGGACGAAAUUGAUGCCGUUGGAGUGCCUCCUUCCCCAAAGUCUGAUCAUGCUACUGCUGUACAUAUGGAGCGAUACUUGCUCAUCUUCGGAGACGGUUGUACUGAACAUGUCUACACUGGCUUGCGGCAUUUGUGCAUAUGCUUUGAACUGCUAGACACAAACCUGUAUGAGCUUAUCAAAAUGAAUCAUUUUAGGGGAUUGUCACUUGGUAUUGUUCAGCUGUUCUCUAAGCAGAUUUUAUGUGGAUUGGCUCUAUUAAAAGAUGCUGGCAUUAUUCAUUGUGAUCUGAAGCCAGAAAACAUUCUUUUAUAUGCGAGCACUGUGAAGCCAGCAGAAAUAAAGAUUAUUGACUUUGGAUCAGCAUGCAUGGAAAACCGCACUGUAUAUUCCUAUAUUCAGAGUCGACACUAUAGGUCUCCUGAGGUUCUUCUUGGAUAUCACUACACAACAGCUAUUGAUAUGUGGUCCUUUAGGUGCAUAGUGGCGGAAUUAUUUCUUGGAGUACCAUUAUUCCCUGAAGCUUAUGCCAGUUUAUUCACCAACCACCGUAACUGUUACUGA